UUCUUUUUUUUUUUAAUUAGAAAACUGCUAGUCAGGGGGUGAGGUUCAACACUGUUUUUGCCCCACUCCCCCAAACAAUCCGCGUUUGCUCUUCCUCCUCACAACACACACGAUCAAACUAUUACACACAUUCACACUUUAAGCUCCGCAGUAGAGCGUCUUUUGAUCUUUUAACCACAGACUGGAAGCUUUUGACAGACACACCACUGAGCAGGUGUCUCUAGUGUUUCUGAACUUCACCAAGAGCUGAUUGCUCGCUAAUUUUAACAAAAACAAGCUCCAAUUAGCAUAAUCAAUAAAAAGUGCUGCAGAAGCUGCUGGACGCUGUUUUCAGGUCUUGUGUCUGGACUAAGAGACUGAACAGUCAGAGUGAGUGUUGCUGCCAGGGCUACUUUGAAUGUGUUUUUCCUACCUGUAUUCCGAGAUGUCCCGCCCUUCUGCGUUCCGAUUGGCUGAUUAGUGCUCGAGUGUGAGUAUGAGCUCAGUGCAGGGGGGGGCGGGGUUUGUCUGAAUACGGGUGGAAUAAAGAAGCCCUGAGGGAGGAGCCGGGCGGAGAGGCGAGUCUGGAAAACGGGACGGGCUGCUGGGCUUCACUCAGACUCUUAACCAGAUCAGCCGGAGAGGAACACAUCACCUUCCAGUCCAGAGCAACAGGCCGUUUAACUAGUCAUCGCACACGAAGUGGAUUUUAAUCUCACACUGGAUUUCAGACCUCAGUCAGAGGUGUGGGGGCCAGCAGAGGUCCGUGGCAUCAGCGGAGAUGUUUGAACUGUUGACCUUCACCGCUCGACUGCUCCACGAGACACGGUGACCUUGACGUGGUGACCAUGGACAUUCAUGUGCACGGCAAUCCACGCCUUCACUAUGGGCAUAAUGGCUACCACCAGUCUCCUCAUUCAAAAGAAGACAGCCUGCAGUUUCUCAGUCUGGAGGAGAAGGAGUGCAUUCUUUUCUUUGAGGAGACUAUCGAUUCUCUGGAUGAUGGUCUCGAGGAAGAUGGUACAGGGUUAACACCAGACAGAAGCACAACUCUGGAUAAUCUUCAAACUGCACCCCAUUCAACUGUAAGCCCCGCCCCCAUUACAGCUACUGCCCCAAGCCUGAUAGAGCAUGACAUCAUCGACCUGGUCCACUCCACACCGGACUUCCCCAUGCCAGAUUUUCAGAGCCUGGCUGUAACACCAGUGGCUCAUUUCGAGGUCAAGCCGAAGAGGAACCCCACGGAGAGCGUCUCAGUCACAUCUACAGGCUCUGAUGCAUUUGAGGAAAGCAGCCACCAGCCUCCUCCAGGCUCUGUCCCCACACCCGUCAUCAUUGCCAGCAAGAUUGCAGAGCAUCAGGGCACAAGUGGCACCUCUUCAUUGCCCUCAGUGCUGGUUCAGCGCAGACAAAGCCUGGAGUCUCCAAACAGUCCACCCUCCAGACGCGGGCCACCCACCCAUGCCAAGCCCCACCGACUCCCCGACAACAUCAACAUGAUGCUAGGCAGCCGAGAACCAAGCCCCCAGUCCGUCGCUACAGUGGCAGUCAACAUGCAGGAGCGUCGUUCACAGAUGUUAGCCAAUCUUCCUCCCUCUGCCCACCCUCUGGAGGGCGGAGAGCCAGCCUGUGUCAGCAAACCCCCGUUACGGAGUGUAUCAUUCAGAGACCCAGCUCUAGACAAAUCCAGGAUGGAGGCGUUGUCCAUGUUGGGGCUGACCCAAGCUAAAACAAUGCCAGCCAAUAUGAUACCAGUGACAGGCACAAAGACACAGAGCAGCGCUAAUUCUGCUAACGGCAAAGUUGGAAGCAGUGCUGAAGUUUCUAGCAGCAGUACUCAUACCUACAGCAACAUUGUUAAUAAUGCUAAUAUCAGUCCUAACACCACUGUCAGUCAGAAGAACAGCAGACCUUAUAAAGUGAGCAAUAGUGCCACUACUAGCAGCAGUGCUCAUACCUAUAACAAUACUGUUAAUCAUGCUAAUACCAGUCCAAACACCACUAUCAGUCAGAAGAAGAACAGCAGCACCAUGGUCACUCAGUCAAGCACCAGCAGCUAUGAGCCAAAAGCUAGGAGUGAAUUUUCUACCAGCAGCUUUAACAGCUAUGGUGGUAAAUCAGCUGUAAUCACACCUGCUUCUACAGACACUUUGGCUAACCAUGCUAACCAUGACAAAAGAUCUAACACAGCACCAGUCAGCGCAGAGGUGACACACAGUGACUUCAACAGCUACGGCGGCAAGACCAUCAUGCUAAAUCCCACAGCGAGCUUCAGGGCUGAGUCUGUCCCUUCCCCCAGCACUCCGAUUGUCAGGCCAGAGCCAGCAGAGGUCCAGAUUAACAGCUAUGGUGGCAAAUCCCGAGUCAUAAACCCUUCUGCGCAAACAGACCUGCCGGACGGGCCUGCCUGCAGACCCCGCUCCCACAGUUCCUCACCAUCCAGCACCAUCACGGCCUCAACCCACCGCACUGACCCGCACAGCCCGACCGGAAGCAAAUCCAGGAUCUUCCCACCAGCUAAAGCUGACGGCCAACACACGGGCCUCCCCUACUUCAGCACAGUCAGAGAUGAAGCACAGCCAGACCUAAACAGCCAUGAGGCUAAACCCAAAGCAGUAAGCCCCUUGCACCCUGACCCAGUUUACCAGCCUUUAAGCAGGAGCAGGCUUGCUACAAUGCCUCCCGCGCCUGCCCCCAGACCACAGCGGCCCACUGGAUCUCUGAGGCCACGGCCUGACCCGAUUCCUCAAGAAAUCCGCGGCAAGCCUCCGUCCAAAUCUUCCUUCCGCACUCAGGGAGUAACGGUGCAGUUCUCUGGGAAAGGAGCCACGGACGACGCCAGGCGAGAUGCUUUACGCAAACUGGGACUGCUGAAGAACACCUCUUAAACCCUCAUCCCAGCAUCAUUAAGGGAUUAUUGUACUCUUACACUAUGCAGUUGCCUGUUAGAUAGGAGCACUUUCGUUUGUUUCAGCUUAACGGUAAUAGUAUUAUUUUGAGUAUGUACUCAGUAAUUGUUCUUUUAAUUACAAUUAAUCUAAUGAAAAAUAUUUAAGAAGAAAUAUUACUUAAUAGUUAGUAAUUUACAAUAAUAUUACAAUAAUCCACCGAGCACCACCAAUGACACUCAAAUGUAAGAGUCUAAAAAGAGGAAAGCGGCCAUUCUCUUAACUUAAGUCACUUGUAGUAAUUCAUAGAUCUUUAGCUAAUAUAGAUAAGUGGGCCAGCCUGUUGGUGAAGAGGUUAAAACAUGCAUCAAGUUACAAGCUCACAUUUUGUUCUUGAUUUUCUUAAGCUUUACAAAUUUUCUGAAGACUCCUUUAAAAAGGUACACUGUGCAGGAAUCUCUGUGGAACAGAGACAGAAGUACAGGUUGCUACCCAGCAGUUUUUCCAUACUCUUGGCCCAGUAAACACCCCAGUGUUGAGUUAGCAGUGUUGAAUUAAUGAAAGUCCACACUUGUAAGAGUUCAGUCAGUACUAGGGCUUCAGCUGUGUGUGAUACUGCCUGGUAUCCAAAUUAUAGUUGUAAAGGACUGUGUGACAAGUAGAUUGCUGGUGAUACUAAAGACUUUCUGAAGAAGAGCAAGAAAAAUCACACUCCGCUGCUCACCUCCCUCUAUAAGUGCUGCUCAGGCUCUCUCUGCUCUUUUGAACCCUCAGUGAGUUCCAGUCCUCUACUCUUUAAGUGCUACUCCAGAGCCACGCCAGCGUUGCACCAGAAAUCCCAAAGAAGAAAUAGUUUAAUACAGAGCCUCAGUUGGCUUAUAAAAUCAAUACUUCUUUUUCCUUCCAUGCACGAUAAUAUCAAUCAUAUGUGUAUCAGGAGAUAUUUAUUUUAAAAAAAUGCAAUCAAACAGAUGUUUAGAUUUGACUGAUAUUUCAAACCUAAAAGCAGAAGAUUAAGACAGUGCUAAGCUACUGAGUUAAACUGUCUUCCUGUAAUUCUGUUUAUUACAGGAAUAAAUAUUUUAUUUUUAUGGAUUGCUAAGCCAGAUAGAAACAGUCCCAAUUUCUACAAUUUAUAAAUGCUUAUGUAUCAACAUCAACAUAUGGUUUUGAAUUUCAGCAUUGGCCCAAAAUUCCCAUAUCGAUGCAUUGCUAAUAGCAACCAAAGAGAUGUUAAAUGUAGGUCAUUCCUAUUUGUUAAAAAUGAAUGGAGAUUAAUAGCGUUUGUUAUCUAACAUUGAAGUGUCAGUGUCCAUAUUUAUCCGCUUCUAUAACUUUUCAAAGUAAUAACGCUGAUCUAGGUUCAGCUUUCACCUUUUAUAUAACUGAUCAGGAUUACAUGAACUCAUGAGACCUGAUCUUAGAUUAGCAUUCAUAAUCUGAUAUAUUUGGUAAACACGGGCCAGUGAGUGAGAGAUCAUACAUAAAUUUGUUCUCUUUCUUUCACCCUCACUCUGCCACUGUGACAAACUUUUUUGAAAUUAAUUCUGACGGGAAUGUGGCUUUAAGCACAAAGUAUAUCAUUGUCAUAUGUGUGACUAAGCAAAGGCCAUCAAGUCAGUUUGUUCUAAUAAGGAGGAACUAUAAUGAUUGUGUGAUAUGCAGGGUAUCAGUCUUUGUUAAAUGUAAAUGGUGAUGUUCAGCUGACACAUACACAUUAUUUUCAGUGAGUUGUCCUCUCUCUUACCCUUGUCUAGUGUGUCAUCUGCCUAAACUUCAGCAAUUUGACAGCAUGUCACAGCAAAUAAUGUAUUUAUUGUCAUGUUAUUGAAGAGUUGUGAAAUGUUCUUGUUCCUGAGUGGAAAAGGACGUCAGAAGUGAGAGCUGGGCUGCUGCUCUUGCUCAGCUCCAUGCCUCUGCCUACAGGAUAUUUUUACAUUUGAUGGCAGUGCCUCCCCCACUAAACCACAGUGAUCCAAAUCUGGCUUUCAGAGCUUCUGGAGUUCUGAGAGAAAAUGUGUAACCUUUUUUUUGUUUCUGUUGCUUGGACUGUCCCUCAGUGAUGCUCUUUUCUGGACCCUUUCUUCAUCAGUGCUGCUGUUUUAUUAUGCAAAGAGCGGUGUAAAAUCCAAGGUGUGUGUGUGUGUGUGUGUGUGUGUGUGUGUAUGCAUGUGUGUAUGAGAGAGAAAUGUGUGGAAUGAAAUACUGCCAUGUUCUGGCACAUUGGUGAUUUAUGUGUUGACUUUGUGUGUGUGUGUGUGUGUGUGUAUGUGUAUGUGUGUGUGUGUGUGUGUGUUUGUGUGUGUUU